AUGUGCAAGGAUCACAGAGUUAAAUUUGUCUUGGUAGUUCUCACUGAUGUAGAGGGUGGAAAGAAGUCUUACAGUGGGCCAUGCGGGGGCCGCGAUUGCAGCGCUGGAUGCAAAUGCUUUCCAGAGAAGGGUGCGCGGGGUCGACCAGGACCGAUUGGGCUUCAAGGACCGAUAGGUGCACCUGGAUUUACUGGGCCAGAAGGUUUGCCAGGAGCAAAGGGUGAGAGAGGAGCAGUGGGCCCCCCUGGACCAGCUGGACAGAAAGGUGACAAGGGCCCAAUGGGAGUUCCAGGAUUUCAAGGCAUCAAUGGGAUCCCAGGUCACCCUGGGCAAUCUGGACCUAGAGGUCUGCCUGGCCUCGAUGGCUGCAAUGGUACCACUGGGAGUCCUGGCGUUUCUGGAUCAGAUGGAUUUCCUGGCCCACCUGGGCUGCCUGGUCAUCCUGGCCCAAAAGGCCUUAAAGGAGAACCUGUUUUUGUUCAAGGCAGUCUUAAAGGAAUGAAGGGAGAAAAUGGUCUUCCUGGAUUGGAUGGAAUUUCUGGCCCAAAAGGUUUUCCAGGUCCAAUAGGUUCUGCAGGCCCUAUAGGAUUGCCAGGUUUGCAGGGUCCAAUGGGUCCCCCUGGGCCACCAGGUCCAAAAGGUAACAUGGGAUUAGGCUUUCAAGGAGAGAAAGGAGAAAAGGGCGAUGUAGGGCUGCCUGGCCCUCCAGGUCCCCCACCAUCCACUGGAAUACUGGAAUUCAUGGGAUUUCCAAAAGGGAAACAAGGAGAAAAGGGUGAGCCAGGCCCUCAAGGAUUCCCUGGAGACAAAGGAUUGCCUGGCAUGCCGGGCUUCGGAGGUGUUGGAGAAAAAGGAGAAAAAGGUGUGCCUGGCUUACCAGGUGGCAGGGGUCAUCCAGGUGUUCCAGGCUAUCCAGGACUGGAUGGAGUCGAAGGCAUGAAGGGUGAAUUAGGUGACAUCGGUCCCCCAGGCCCUCCUAUCGUUAUUGACAGGGAAGGUGUAGUCAUUUCAGGUGCCCCGGGUGACCCUGGAAACCCAGGAAUACCUGGUCCUCCAGGAGAUGAAGGGAUCAGUGGUUUACCAGGCCUUCCAGGAGCUCCAGGGUUUCCAGGACUAGAGAGAGAUGGAAUGGGCCCUGGAGGGUCUCCAGGUGUUCCAGGUGUGAAGGGUGAAGUGGGAGAACCAGGAAGAGCAACGAUUGGAUUGCCAGGCACUCCCGGCAGGGAUGGUUUACCGGGUCUGCCAGGAGCACCAGGAUUGCCUGGUUCACCACGCCCGUCAUUCGCCCCAGACACGAUCCUGGAUAGAAGGCCUGGGGCCCCAGGGGAGCCUGGACAAAGAGGGCUGCCAGGAGCUUUGGGUCCAAAGGGGUACAAAGGAGAGGCAGGUGAUUGUGCUUGUGAUGGAGGAGUUACAAGAGCUGGUCUAAAAGGCACCUCAGGUCCACCAGGUCCAUCGGGAAGCCCUGGUGUGCCUGGGAUUAAGGGCAUUGGUGGAGACCCAGGCACUGUGGGCGCGCCAGGACUGCGAGGCCCUCCGGCUUUGACUGGUCAGCAAGGUCUUCCAGGCCUUAAGGGAGAGAAAGGGGAUUCAUCCUAUGCAACAGGCAGAGGUGCUCGUGGGGACCGUGGUGCAACAGCACCCAGAGGACCUUCAGGCAUCCCAGGAACCCCUGGCAGGGACGGACUUCCAGGCUUGCCAGGCCCACCAGGCCCCCCAGGUGAUGGUGGGCUAGGUUUCCCAGGUGAAAAAGGACUGCCAGGAUUACCUGGCUCCAAAGGCCAUCGUGGAGAAACUGGUUCUCCUGGCGUUGGAUAUCCAGGUCCUAGUGGAGUUCGUGGGCCACCAGGUGACCCAGGAAUGGAUGGGUUUCCAGGACAAGCAGGUCUUCCAGGCCCUCCAGGUAUCACCUUGCCCUGCAUAGUUCCUGGAGCAUAUGGGCCCCCAGGGACUCCCGGCUUUCCAGGACUGCCAGGUCCCAAAGGCAGCAAAGGCUUUCCUGGCAUUCCAGGCCAACCUGGAUUGCACGGGUCAAAAGGACAGCCAGGGUCUCCAGGAAUAAUAGGCUUGCAAGGGGAACCUGGCUUCCCUGGACCUCGAGGAGAGCAAGGGUCACAAGGACUUCCAGGACUGGAUGGAACAGACGGUUUGCCUGGGAAAAUGGGUGCUUUGGGCUUAGCUGGAACGAAAGGAGCUCCUGGAGAUGUAUUUGGUGCUGAGAGUGGAGCACUAGGAGAGCGUGGCCGACCUGGACUCCCAGGUGAUAAGGGGCUUACAGGUGAUCUUGGAUUUCCAGGACCAAAAGGGUUAGAUGGAAGACCAGGCCUCCUCGGUAUUAAAGGAGAACAGGGUAAUCCAGGAUAUUCGGGUGUCCCUGGAUUGCGGGGACCUCCUGGUCCUGGAGGUCCUUUUGGCAUUAAGGGAAAACCAGGACCCUUGGGGUCAGCUGGCCUUGCAGGAGCACCAGGACUUCCUGGAGUCAAAGGCGUGACUGGGGAUGUAGGUCCACAAGGCCCUGCUGGUAUGAAAGGCUUCCCAGGUCUUGAUGGUGCUCCAGGAUCUCCUGGUGAAAGAGGAUUCUUAGGGCCGCCUGGGCCUUUUGGUCAAGAUGGACGUCCAGGUUUCUCUGGUCCAAAAGGCGAGAAAGGGUCUUCUGGCCUGCUUGGUUUCCCUGGCAUGCCAGGCAUGCCUGGUAUCCCUGGGGUGAACGGGUUUAAAGGAACUCCUGGCACAGCUGGAGGAAAAGGGAGCCCUGGAGUUGUGGGACUCCAAGGUCAAAAAGGCGACAGAGGUGAUGUAGGUCCACCUGGUCUUCCUGUUCUUGGGCCUCCAGAACAGGCACUGCAAUUCAAAGGAGACAAAGGAGAUCCUGGAUUAGCUGGGCUUGGAGGAUUCCCUGGACCUAGAGGUGAUAAAGGAAUCCCAGGAAGCCGUGGACAGCCUGGUCUCCCUGGUGCGAUUGGGUUAGCAAGCAAAGAGAGAGGUCUUCAUGGUGACCCAGGCUUCCCUGGUCCACCUGGACAACCUGGGCUGCCAGGACAGAAGGGAGAGAGAGGGAGAGAAGGACUCAAGGGUGAACCAGGCUACCCAGGAAACACUGGGGUGAAUGGACUCAAAGGCGGCCCAGGAGAUCUUGGCCAAGAAGGACCAGCAGGGAUCCCUGGAAAUGCUGGGCUGCGAGGAAUCCCUGGGCCACCAGGACCUCCAGGGCAGCCAGGAUCUGUCGGAUUCCCUGGAGCUCAUGGAACAGCAGGACCUAAAGGGUUUCAUGGAUUUCCGGGUUUAAAUGGUCUGAAUGGCUUGCCAGGCACAAAAGGGUCUCCUGGAACACCAGGCCUGAGUGAAACUGGACUGAAAGGCCCUGCAGGUCUCCCAGGUCCGAAGGGUGAAGAAGGUUCUCCAGGCUUGGGUAGAGGAGCUCUAGGAUUCCCUGGACCAAAAGGCUCAUCAGGAGACAUGGGUCCCCCUGGUCCUGUGGGACUGCCUGGCUUGCCAGGAACACCUGGGGUUUCUCUUCCUUCUGAUAUACGUGGGAGACCUGGGGAUGCUGGCCAUCCAGGAACAGAUGGGAGUUCAGGUCUUCCAGGCCCUCCAGGACCCCGAGGGCCCCCUGGCCCAGCUUCUGACCAAGGUGACACAGGCAAUCCAGGCUUCCCUGGUGUUCCUGGUUUGCGAGGCAUUAAGGGUGACGUGGGACCCACUGGUCCAGUUGGACUCCCUGGAGCAUCUGGAUUCAAAGGUAUAAGAGGGGAGCCUGGCCUUAUGGGGAUGCCAGGUAAAGAUGGGGCUCCGGGGGAUCCUGGUUACCCUGGGCUGAAAGGUGAAAUGGGCCGUCGAGGUCUCCCUGGCCGACAAGGGGCUCCAGGUAUAACCCCGCAGCCAGAAGAAAUCACAGCCCCUGCAGGCUUACCUGGUCUGCCAGGAAUUGAUGGCGUCCCUGGCUUUGAUGGAGAUCCUGGAUUCCAGGGGCCGGCUGGAAAAACAGGUACAAAAGGUCUGCCAGGAAGAUCUGGUUUGAAAGGACGUGAUGGUUUACCUGGAUCACCUGGCGUAGCUGGGGAUCCAGGACCUUCAGGUGCCCCAGGACCACAAGGAUUUGAAGGUGUUGCUGGAAAGCCGGGCUCACUUGGUUUGCCGGGAAUGCCUGGUCGGAGCGUGGGCGUUGGAUACACUUUGGUGAAGCACAGUCAGUCAGAGCAAAUCCCACCUUGUCCCAUAGGGAUGAAUAAGCUCUGGGAUGGCUACAGCUUAUUGUACGUGGAGGGGCAGGAAAAGGCACACAACCAGGAUCUUGGUUUUGCUGGCUCAUGUUUGCCUCGCUUCAGCACCAUGCCGUUUAUUUACUGCAACAUCAAUGAAGUGUGCUACUACGCCAGCCGAAAUGACAAGUCCUACUGGCUCUCCACCACUGCUCCUAUCCCCAUGAUGCCCGUGGACAGUGCUCAGAUCCCGCAGUACAUCAGUCGUUGCUCCGUAUGUGAAGCACCUUCCCAGGCUGUGGCUGUGCACAGCCAGGACAUCACCAUCCCGCAGUGUCCCCUUGGUUGGCGCAGCCUAUGGAUAGGAUACUCCUUCCUUAUGCAUACCGCGGCUGGUGCAGAAGGCGGAGGUCAGUCCCUUGUCUCGCCUGGUUCUUGCCUGGAGGAUUUCCGUGCUACUCCAUUCAUUGAGUGCAACGGCGCUAGGGGAACAUGCCAUUACUUUGCAAACAAAUACAGCUUCUGGCUGACGACCGUUGAACAGUCGCAGCAGUUUGUCAGUGCUCCUCCCUCGGAAACUCUGAAAGCCGGACAGCUUCGAACGAGGGUCAGCCGUUGCCAAGUGUGCAUGAAGAACUUGUAGUAACAAAAACGCAGUAACAUUAACAGUCUUUGUUACCUAAGACUAGACAUCACUGAUGCGAAGAAGGAUAAAUUCAUAAACCUGUUUUGUGUGUGGUUGAUGGGUGAAUCAAGGCAGCCAGAAUUCUACAAAAAUCGAGUGUCAAGUCCAGGAGUUUGACUGCACGUAGAGGAGGAAAGGACCAGCGCUCUGAA